CUGCUGGAUUUCUAUCGCUAGAAGAGAAACUGACCACACGGGGAAAGGUAGAGGCUUCAGGCAGGGCAGUUCCGCGUGUGUUUACAGGCAGCACUGACUUACUCAGCAAAUCCUGCUUGCUCGGAGGAGCUGCGGCCAAUGAAGAGCCUAUAUCCCGGCUUGCUUGGGGGCUUCUGAGUUUGAGCUGCAUGCAGAAAUGUAAGGCAGUGCUUCCUGGCGCUGAUGGCAAAAUGGGACCCAGCUCCAGUCCUUCCUCGGGCUGCCCAGCUCUGCAGAUCUGGGAGAGAACCUACCUACACAUAUUGGUGAUGUAGCCAGCUUUAAAGGCCAGCGGAAUCCUGAUGGAUUCAGGAGACUGGUUUGUUCUUUAGCUUUUUAUUUUUUAUUUUGUAUUUGGUGGAAGAUGAAAUGCUUCUCUCGUUACCUGCCUUACAUCUUCAGACCUCCGAAUACCAUCCUCUCCUCCAGCUGCCACACGGAAGGCUCGGACCAUGGUGCAGUCCCACUGGCUCCCCUGCCCCCCUCUCCUGUGAGACUGGCUGCGGGGAGGGAUCAUGGAUACUUGUCUGCCGGCUUCUGGUUCCCACGCAAGUAAGCCUGCUGUCAAUGGAGGAGGACAUUGAUACCCGCAAAAUCAACAACAGUUUCCUGCGCGACCACAGCUAUGCGACCGAAGCUGACAUUAUCUCUACGGUAGAAUUCAACCACACGGGAGAAUUACUAGCGACAGGGGACAAGGGAGGUCGGGUUGUAAUAUUUCAACGAGAGCAGGAGAGUAAAAAUCAGGUUCAUCGUAGGGGUGAAUACAAUGUUUACAGCACGUUCCAGAGCCAUGAACCCGAGUUCGAUUACCUGAAGAGCUUGGAAAUAGAAGAAAAAAUCAAUAAAAUAAGAUGGCUCCCCCAGCAGAAUGCAGCCUACUUCCUUCUGUCCACUAACGAUAAAACUGUGAAACUGUGGAAAGUCAGCGAGCGCGAUAAACGGCCGGAGGGUUACAACCUGAAAGAUGAGGAGGGCCGGCUGCGGGAUCCUGCCACCAUCACAACCUUGCGGGUGCCUGUCCUCAGACCCAUGGACCUGAUGGUGGAGGCCACCCCGCGAAGAGUAUUUGCCAACGCACACACAUAUCAUAUCAACUCCAUAUCAGUCAACAGCGACUAUGAAACCUACAUGUCAGCUGAUGACCUGAGGAUUAACCUAUGGAACUUUGAAAUAACCAAUCAAAGUUUUAACAUCGUGGACAUUAAGCCGGCCAACAUGGAGGAGCUCACGGAGGUGAUCACCGCGGCCGAGUUCCACCCCCAUCACUGCAACACCUUCGUGUACAGCAGCAGCAAAGGGACAAUCCGGCUGUGCGACAUGCGGGCGUCGGCCCUGUGUGACAGGCACACCAAAUUUUUUGAGGAGCCGGAAGAUCCAAGCAACCGGUCGUUUUUCUCUGAAAUUAUCUCUUCGAUUUCGGAUGUGAAGUUCAGCCACAGUGGGAGGUACAUCAUGACCAGGGACUAUCUGACCGUUAAAGUCUGGGAUCUCAACAUGGAAAACCGCCCCAUCGAGACUUACCAGGUUCAUGACUACCUCCGCAGCAAAUUGUGCUCCCUCUACGAAAACGACUGCAUUUUUGAUAAAUUCGAGUGCGUGUGGAAUGGGUCAGACAGCGUCAUCAUGACCGGCUCCUACAACAACUUCUUCAGGAUGUUUGACCGAAACACCAAGCGUGAUGUCACCCUGGAGGCCUCGAGGGAAAACAGCAAACCCCGGGCUAUCCUGAAACCGCGAAAAGUGUGCGUGGGGGGCAAGCGGAGGAAAGAUGAGAUCAGCGUCGACAGCCUGGACUUUAGCAAAAAGAUCUUGCACACAGCUUGGCAUCCUUCAGAAAAUAUUAUAGCAGUGGCGGCUACAAAUAACCUAUAUAUAUUCCAGGACAAGGUUAACUAGGAGGACAAGUUAUUAUUGCUUAAUAAUCUCACAUACUGAAUACUAGUCAAACACGUUUUUAAAUGUUUCUUUGGGUCUUCAUUUGAUGCAUUGACUUUCAUUUCCCUCCACGGAAAACAACUGGGGUAGAAUUCAAAGGAGUCCAACUUUCCCAUAUCCCCAGUUCUAAGACACUUUUGUCCAACCCAAUAGGUCCCGGACACUUCUGUUUAGAAUUGAGAGCUGCCAGCUAACAGUAAUUCUUCCAUAGUUGACCUGAAUUUCUGAUGCUUUUCUUUGCCCAGUUUUCUCUGGUGGGUCCCGUGUUUUGUUGCUAGGUGUCUGCUGAGAUAAAAUGAGGUUGUCUGUAGUAUUUAAAGUGAAAGGGGAUACGUUUUUUUUUUAAUUAAACAAUUCCCUUUGAUUGAAAAAUUCAACAAAAAAAUAAACACCGUUUACUCUA